UGCGCUUGGAGUAAUCCCUACGAAAUGAGCGGGAAAAUAAAGCCCGCUGAUGCAGAAGAGCGCUGUUGAAUCGCGAUGGGUGUGAAAUUGUGUAGCGGCUUGAAAGGAGGCAGAGCUCUGGAGUUUCCACUCGAAAGAGGUGCGACAGAUAAUGUAGGCAUCUUUCGUUUCUAAGUUAAAAGGACUUCGCUUGACGGGCGGUAAGUGGUGUUAGUAUGUGGUUGAAGUGAUGAGGCUGGCAAUGCACGAAAGGCGGUGCUCAUAAUUUUGCAGUCGGAGCAGUCUCAUAUUGAAUGGUGGUGCAUAAUGCACUAACCAUCUCGAGACCCUCACCACAUGGCUGCCUACCUACCAACCAGUGCGAUUGCAAGUCGCACUUAACUGAAUACGAACCAGAACUAUGUAGGUAAAACAAACAAGAUGCAGCAGCGAAACAAGCGCAAGGCGGAGGAGGACUCUGCCGAUGCAGACGCCAUCAGCUUCCUGGAGGAAGCCCAACGCUCCGUAGAUUUCCUCUUCUCGUCGGUCAUUGUGCUGCCAGGCGAUGACGUUACGGCCACGCUCACUAAGACGAACCAUCGCGUCAAACUAGGCUCCGGGCUAAAGCAGCUACCAGAUGAGCGGAUUGUGUGCACGAAUGCGGGUAUUCUCCGUUAUCGACCAGCCAACCGAUAUUGGGUUGAGUUUAACCACAAGCGCUAUACUGCGUCGAUAGACGACGGGGUUAUUGGCAUCCUGACUGACCGCAACGCUGAGUUCUACCGCGUGAACAUUGGAGCUGCUGCUAGCGCUACUUUAGGCUCCCUAGCGUUUGAUGGCGCAACAAAGAGAAACCGUCCGAGUCUUCGUCUCGGAUCUCUUGUGUAUGCUCGCGUGAGCAAGACCAACGCGGACGUAGAGCCUGAAAUCACUUGUGAAGCUCCUCCAAGUGUGACCAAGAAGGAUUGGAUGACUGGCUUGGCCAUCUACGGUGAGUUGAACGAUGGUUACGUAUUUAAGACAUCCAUCGGCCUAGCAAAAUCGCUACUACACGAAGAUUGCCAGGUGCUGGCGUCUUUGGGCAAGAAACUGGCCUUUGAGGUGGCUGUUGGAGUGAAUGGCGUUGUGUGGGUACACGCCAAAACUACGAAGAAUAUCACGAUCAUUUCUAACGCCAUCAUGAACUCUGAGGCGAUGUCUCUCAGCAAAGUUGACGCUAUGGUGUCUCGGCUUGUGGAAGAUGCCGAUGAUGCUUAA